AUGUCUCUAAACUCGGGAAGGCCCCGAGCGUCGUGGUUCCGCCUCGGCCAGGAAACAACUUUGGAAAGGACAAGGGAGCUCUGCAGAUCCCGUAAGGCUGCGUUACCCACUCCAAGCUGGCAGUGUAGAGCGCAUGUACGAAGUUCUUUACACUCGCGAAAGCCUCCCCGCUCAUGGUUGGUAUCAUUAGCACGCAGCUCGCUAUUGUCCGUUCUACAGCAUUCGAUCAAAACUGGCUCGCUCGCGAUUCACGAUGUGGACGGCUCUAUCCACCGUUUCGGCCGGCGGAACAAGUCCCAAAGUAACGACAUCACGCUUAGAGUCACCAACGACGAGUUUUGGAUACGCGUCGUGGUAUCCAGCGAUCUCGGGUUCAGCGAAGCGUACAUAUACGGCGACGUCGAAAUCUCAGAUCUCAACGGCGUCAUGGAACUCUACCUCGAUAAUGCAGAGAUGAUCUCGAGCCUGCCCUCGGCGCUCGCGCGGCUCUCGGCGACGUUCUCUGCGCUGUCCAGCGCGUUCUUCGGACAGUCGAAGGCGCGCGCGCUCGCGAACGUCGUCGUGAGCUACGACCAGAGCAACGAGCUGUUCAAGGCGUUCCUGAGCCGCGAGAUGAUGUAUUCCUGCGCGCUGUGGGGUCCUGAAGAGGGCGGCGUCGAGGGCGACGGCGACGGCGGCCGGGACGCGGAGAAGCACGAGGAGACGGAGUGCGAUCUCGAGCAGGCGCAGAUGCGCAAGAUCCACUACGUGCUGCGCAAGGCGAAAGUUGGGUACGGGAGCCGCGUGCUCGAGGUCGGCAGCGGCUGGGGCGCGCUCGCGAUCGUGGCUGCGAGGGACUAUGGGUGUACCGUGCACAGCCUCACGCUGUCCGUGGAGCAGAAGAAGCUCGCGGAGGAGCGGAUCCGCGAGGCGGGCGUGGAGGAUCGGGUGGUGGUGCAUUUGAUGGACUACCGGGACGUUCUGAGCAAGCCGGAGUGGGCGGGCUGGUUCGACGCCUUCGUGAGCGUCGAGAUGGUCGAGCAUGUCGGAGCGAAGUAUUAUAACACCUACUUCAAGGUGAUGGAUUACGCGCUCAAGGAUAAGGACUCGACUGCUGUUAUCAGCUGCAGUACUUUCCCUGAGUCGAGGUAUUCAGAGUAUCAGGCGGAAGACUUUAUGCGCCGGUAUAUGUGGCCGAACUCGUGCCUCCCGAGCGCGACGACGCUCGUCAACGCGGCACAGGCAGGCACGCAGGGCCGGCUCAUGCUCGAGGGCGUCGAGAACCACGCCGCGCACUACCCGCGGACGCUGCGCACCUGGUCGAGCCGCUUCGCAGCGAACGUGCACCGCGAGCUGCUGCCGUUCGCGAGCGGCGAGGCGUACGCGGCGUUCGAGCGCAAGUGGCGGUAUUUCUUCGCGUAUGCGGAGGUGGGCUUCUUGAAGGGGUGGAUAACGUGCCAUAUGCUGUGUUUUAAGCGCAAUUGAGGAGUGCCGGGGGGGUUUGGCUUGUCGUUUUCGUACUUUCGUUCUUUCAUUCUUUUCCUUUUGUCUAUUUCGGCGUACGCUCGCUUUUUCCUCCUGGACUUGUCCGCUUUCAUUCUCGGACUUGGUGAUACCUGCCUGCAGACGUUCUCUCCCUGUUCUUUUCUUCUAUGGACUUCCUUUUUACUCACUCCGGCGAUGAUAGAUUUAGAAGAUCGAUUAGUAGUACUUAGACAAAUAGAUGUAUCCGUACCCCAUCUGUCGUGUAAUGAUUUCG